CAGAGCUCCUUGUCGACGGUGAGUUGGGGCGUUGUAUGACUAGCGUUGCCCGCGGUCCAGCGGAAGCACCUCGUGUCGUUGCGAGUGAUAGUUACAAUACACAUUCCGUCGCCCGCGGCCGGGCGUGCGGGUGAUUUGCGUGUGCGGGUGUUCCGUGUGCGGAGAAGCAGCUCUCGCGCCCGUGCGAGGGGCAGUCGCUCGCCGGCGUCUGUGGUGUGAAGUGCCGCCUUGGGAGGGGUCUCGCCUGCUCCUUCGCGGGCCGUCUUCGCCGCCGGGCUUCGUACCUCAAACGGUGUUCACCGUGUUCGCCAUGAUCGAUUGGGUCUCCAUCGUGCGCCACUCGCGGCGCAGAUUUUCCAACUACAUGUACGCGGUGCCCAGCAAAGUGCGCAAGAGGCGUCGCCACCAACAGAAACGUUUCGACAGCAGCGUGGGCAGCCGCAGCAGCGUGGGCGACGCCCUCGCCGCCACCUCGGGCACGUCGGGCACGUCGUCGUCGCGCACGG